AUGAAGACUGCUUUUGCCGCCCUGUCGUCUUUUGCGACGCUCACGAGCGCCGCCCGUCUGCUCCUCCAAAUUCCCAACACGCCCCUCGUAAACCCCUCCACCCUGACCUCUACCACACACGCAACCUUGCAGUCGUCGGGCCCGCCCAUCGAUGCCUACCUUACGCGCGCCAACACCUUCAAUUUCAACAACGUGAGCGUAGGCAGCUACCUUGCCACCGUACAUUGUCGCGAUUAUGCUUUUGAGCCACUGAGAAUUGAUGUCACCCUGGAGGAGGCUGUCGAAGGCAGCGGAGACAAGAAGGAGGUUAUCAGGGCCUGGCAGACCUUCCUAGGAAAUGAGUGGGACAACAAGGGCGAGAACCGUGGUGAGGGCGGAAAUGGGCUUGUCAUCGAGGCAAGACCGGUGGCACCCAAGUACUUUUAUCAAGAAAGACAAGGCUUCUCACCACUAUCUUUCUUGAAGAACCCCAUGAUUCUCAUGGCUAUUGUUUCCAUGGGUCUCAUCUUUGGCAUGCCCAAGCUGAUGGAGAAUAUGGAUCCUGAAAUGAAGGAGGAAUUUGAGCAAAUGCAAAAGAAUGGUGUCUUGGGCUCCGGCUCCACCAACACCGCCCAGCAGAUACAAAACUUUGACCUUGCCUCAUGGAUGGCUGGCAAAACAGAUGCGGGAACCACGAGCGCAAACGCAAAUGCUCCAAGCCCCGGGCAAGCGAAGAAACGGUAA